UAUAAUAUUGUUUGGUGUGGUGUUACAGGCGCGGACAGUGACAGUGAAGCAACAGACAUGGAACGAAAAUGCCGCGUUCUCCGUCACCUCCCCAACAAGCUACGACGUUUUCUGCUGCUCUUACUGUGUGCCACCUUCGUCUGCAUCCCCAUCAGUAUUUACGUUUGGGACCAAGCGACGGAGGCGGCUAAUGAGAAGUUCCUCUACCUCACCUCUCUCAAGACUGAGUACGACCAUUACACCGACCAGGAAAGCAUCAGGGAGGUGUACGCGAACCCAGCCAUCGAUAGCUCAGUGACAGAAGACAAGGAUAAGAUUCUGGCCGCACUGCCUAACCUGCCCCUCAGUUACCGCAAAAAGUUAAACCCACACGUCAGUCCUGGUCACGUCAAGUGUGCUAGGUAUCCCUCGCUCUUCGACAUCCAGUUUAGUAACAUAUACUGGCAGGCUCUUCAUACCAGCAAUGGUACCUUCUAUCUAUACAACUCCUUUUACGACAACCGCACUUUGUCCAAAGAUGCUCCUUCCAUUCGCAUUCUUGGCAUGGCCAAUCGCAUCAGACCUACUGUGGAGACCAACUGCCAGCUUUGGUUUGAUGGUGAGAAGGGUCCCAUUAUUUCCAAGGUUAAGGAAUAUAAAUACAUAUGGAUUAGAGGUUGGGGUAAUUACAGGCAAGGUGUACUGCAGCCGUACCUGAUCCAGUGCGUGGUGCCGCCUACACACGUCAAGCGGGUGCCAGAGUCAGUGUCGUUGGUAGAGUUACCCUGCGACAAGCCCUUCAACAACCUGCGGGUUAUCAAGAAUGAGCCAACAGGAGGUCAGAAGGAGGACUUUGCGGUGUGCGUCAAAGGGUUGGACUUCUCUUAUGUCGAUAACAGCAUCAUGAUGGUGGAGUGGUUGGAGCUGCUCCAUCUUCUCGGGGCUAACAAGGUGUUUCUCUAUGAGAUGGGAAUACACCCAAAUGUUUCUAAAGUGUUAAAGUAUUACGAGUCCCUCGGGCGGGUUGAUAUUACUAAAUUAACACUACCGGGUGAACAACCAAACGCACGAGGCUUAUUACACAUGUAUCUAAAGGCUAAAAUGGUACAUAAACGCCAGAAUGAAGUAAUUCCGUACAACGACUGCUUGUACAGGAACAUAUACCGUUAUAAAUAUGUAGUGUUACUUGACACGGAUGAGUUUAUCAUGCCCAGGAAAACUCCAAACUGGAAGUCGCUCAUUGAACAGCUGCUGGCGGUCACGGAGGGGCAGCCCAGGUCGUCUUACUGUGCUCGUAACGUGUAUUUCCUGGACUCCAUGCAGGACGCUCAUGGCAAAGUGCCAGGCGUGCCACCUUACCUCCACAUGAUGCAACACGUCUACCGCGCCGCUAACUACACCAGGCCCGGCUCCUACAUCAAGUGUUUCCACAACACCGAGCGGGUUCUCACACUCCACAACCACUUCCCUUUCUCCUGUCUUAAUAACUGCUACCAUCUGUCUAUACCGGAGGCAGACGCCCACCUCCAACACUACCGCAAAGAUUGUGUGGGUGAGCUGAUGAAAUCGUCGUGUCCUUACUUCAAGGCUCACACUGUCCUCGACGACCGCAUCUUAAAACUUUACAAAGAACUAAUGGUAAACAACACACUCCACACUUUUCGCCGUCUUGGUUUUUUGUAGGAGUGAUUCUCGCCGAAGAAAGUUAUUGUAUAAUAUAAUGGUAAUAUUAUCAUACUGUAUUUAUAUUUACUGAUUAGAUAAAAUCAGUGCAUUGUACAUAGUGAGUUGUUACACAAGUGAUGUUUAGAGAGUGAUCCUAGGAGCCGUAAUGUUACAUCGAAGUUUGCCCAAAUUCUGAGCAUUUUCAUAAACCCUUAAAACAGCUACAGUAUAUAACUACAGUACAGUAUAGUGAGGCAGUUUAGUAAAAAAAACCUGCAAAUUACACAACUUGCAUGGUUCAUAACUUGAAGACGGAAACCAUAUAAUAGAGUACUGUAUAAUAAAGUGCUACUGGAAUAUAUUCGGAAAGGAUCGUAUUCUUUUAUCGUAUUGAAGUCUAUUGGGAGAUCCUACUCUCUGUAUGAGGCUUUAAGUAGUGUCUCUCAGUAUAAUCUGAAUUCUAUUUUUUUUCAGUAUUUUUUGUGCGUUAGUUAAAUCAGACAUGUGUAAUCAUACAGUUUUAUGUUACUAAUAUCAUUCAUCGCACGAAAUAUUUUGAUUAGCUGUAAUGUUGUUAUUGUGAUUAUAUUGAUUUUUCAAACUAUAAAACGUCA